ACACACAAUUCAAAGUGGCAAAGAAACGAAGAAUCCAAAAGCAGAAAAACCCACCCUUGAAAAAGCCCACCGUCCUGGUACCCAAAAAGCUGGACCAGCCAGCCAUCGCCACCCGCCAUUACUGCCCUUCUCCCCACCUUCCAUCCUCAACCCUCCAUCUUUCCCCUACCGGCCUAUCUGUCUCCACUCCCCAACUGUAGUAACUCUCUUCUCCCUUUCUCCGUGUUUUACUCUUCCUUUUUCUCUGUUCAUCCGCUAUUCGUCGUUGGGCUCCAAGACGGCGUCGUGUAGGUUUUCAGUUUUUGUCGACUUUUAAUCCGUGAUUGGGUUUAGUUGAUGCUGCUUCCCUGUUACCUGUGACUUAUUGAAUUCAAAAGCUAGUUGCUCCAAUGCGCUGAACCGAUCGAUUGAUGUCCUUCCUGCAUUAAUACCCGUAGAAAGAAAGGAGUUCUUUACCUUCCUUUUCACACCUGGAUCUGCCUUCCCCCUGUUCAAGCCUCUGUUUCUGUAAUCUUCUUUAAGGCAAUCAAAUCGUUUCCAAGACGGCGGAUCGUUGUUGGGUUUGAUUCCAAAUGGGGGUCUGUUUAAGCUCCCAGAUUAAAGCUGAGAGCCCAUUGAAUUCAGGGGGGAGUGCCAAGUAUGUGAGUUGUGAUGGCAAUGGGUCAGGGAGAGGAGGGAGUCCCAAGUACGUUAGCUGCGACAGCAACUUGAGUGGCAAAGGUUCAGUAGGAUCAGUGCCUCCAACACCAAGGAGGAGUGAGGGUGAGAUUUUGCAAUCUCCUAAUCUGAAGAGCUUCAGUUUCUCUGAUCUCAAGCUUGCCACCAGGAAUUUUCGCCCCGAUAGUGUUGUAGGGGAAGGCGGGUUUGGAUCAGUAUUUAAGGGAUGGAUUGAUGAGAAUUCGUACACUGCAACCAAGCCUGGAACUGGACUGGUUAUAGCUGUGAAGAGGCUGAACCAAGAAAGCUACCAGGGCCAUAAGGAAUGGCUGGCGGAAGUGAACUACUUGGGACAAUUUUGCCAUCCUCAUUUGGUGAACCUGCUUGGCUAUUGCUUGGAAGAUGAACACCGUCUUCUUGUUUAUGAGUUCAUGCCUCGAGGAAGCCUGGAAAACCACUUGUUCAGAAGAGGUUCAUACUUCCAGCCUCUUUCUUGGAACCUUAGGUUGAAGGUUGCUCAUGGUGCUGCAAAGGGCUUAGCUUUCCUUCACAGUUCUGAAACAAAGGUCAUAUACCGCGAUUUCAAGACUUCCAACAUUCUGCUUGACUCGAACUAUGACGCUAAACUCUCCGACUUUGGACUGGCCAAGGAUGGGCCAACCGGUGACAAGAGUCAUGUGUCUACCAGGGUUAUGGGAACCUAUGGAUAUGCUGCUCCAGAGUACCUUGCCACUGGCCAUUUAACUGCAAAGAGCGACGUGUUCAGCUUUGGUGUCGUGCUACUCGAGAUGCUAUCAGGGAGGAGAGCGAUCGACAAGAACAGGCCAUCGGGCGAACACAACCUGUUGGAAUGGGCGAAGCCAUACAUGGGGAGCAAGCGAAAGGUCUUUCGGAUACUGGACAAUCGGCUGGAAGGGCAGUACACAAUGGAAGUUGCAUUCAAGGCAACCACCCUGUCCUUGCGCUGCAUUUCCGUGGAGGCCAAGUUGCGGCCGAGCAUGGACGAGGUGGUGAAGGCUCUGGAGGAGAUUAGGGAAGCGAAUGAGAGCACCAACAUCCAUCAGGGGAAUGCGCCAAGGUCGCGCAGAAGAAGCACAGGUGAUGUUGGUAGUGGGGGAAGGAUGAAUGAUGCUUAUCCUCGGCCCUCUGCUUCCCCUCUGUAGGUUCGAGGUGGAGUGAGUGACAGUUCUUACCUCGAUGGUUCUGUACCAGUAGAAAUCUGAUUUCCACGAUACAUAGUUUAUAUACUACUUUACGUUCGACAUGUAAUUUUGUUAAAGAAGGAAAGGAAGAAAUGUUGUUUCCCAUACUUCAUAUGUCACUAAUAUAUUACUUGGAGACGACGCCAU